AUGAGUGAAUCAUGCACCCUCGCAAGCUUCGGGGAGUCUCUAUGUCUGAACUCCAUCGGUAACCCUGUCGUUGAGGUUGUCAUUGAAGUCGGGCUCCUUCUCAUCGCCUUCGCUACUUUAGCAUUGGCCGCUGACCAUCUGUGCGAUUCUAUGGAAACCUUAUGUGAUCAUUGGGGUCUUCCUGAGGAGAUCGGUGGCGCUACAUUCAUGGCAUUUGGUGGAGCCGUACCAGAGAUCACUGUGAACUCCCUUGCUACUAUGAAGGCCAUCAUGAGUGGCAACCAAGAGGCUGAUGCCGCGUUGGGAAUCGGUGCUAUUCUCGGAAGUGGCCUGCUGGCCUUUCUCACAGUCCCCGCCUUAUGUAGCAUUGCCAGUGAUAAGAUGGUCCCUCUACUGUUAAAGAGAAAACCAUUGACGCGAGAUGUGUUAUUCUACGGUGUAUCGGUUUUGGUACUCAUACAUGCCCUCAGAACCGCUAUUACUACUAUACAUGGUGUUGUUCUCAUCCUCGUCUACAUCGCCUAUGUAACUACGCUCUGUUACGGUGACCAUGUUCGGUCUUGGUACACACAGUGGCGACUCACUCACAGAAACGGCGUCGCAGCAGCAAUGGAGCCUUCCAAGACCGCCGACGGCUCUGCCGAAUUCCAAAGUUUUCGGGAAUUCAGACGGAAAGAGAACAAUCAGAAAACCUCAGUUUUCCGUGACAAGUACGAUGAGGAGCUCGCCAUGCCCCUGAUCGAAACCGGUUCAACACCAGUCUUAAGUGAAUCUGCUCAAAAGUGUACAUCUCUGUUGCAGAAUAUUCAGCGAGACCUAGAUGCAGUCCUAUGGCCUUUGAAACACAUCAUUGAUAUCAGUUGUCCUGAUUGCCGUAUCUACCAGCCUCAAGAGAACCUCUAUGCGUUGACAUUCUUCGCGGCAUUUACGUGGGUGUCAGCUGCCUCCUUUCUCAUCGGUUGUGUCGUUGACCGAUGGGUUGUCCUUUUGCACAACCCCAGCUCUAGCGGGUUUUUCGGACUACUACUGGUUGCCCUCGGUGCUGAGAUCCCCGAUGCGAUAAACGCUUUGACUGCGUCUUCUCGUGGUUACGGCUCCAUGGCUGCUGCCUCUUGCAUCGGCUCGCAAAUUAUCAACAUUUGUGUUGGACUCGGUUUACCAUGGGUGAUGACAGUUUUCUCAGAGACCUCGGUACCGAUCUCUCCGAGCAGUACUGUUUUCCUCACCUGUGCUUCAUGUAUCAACGCCGCAGUGGCGACCCUUGUUCUCGGCUGGUUGGUUUGGCAGGGGAUGGCCUCUGGUGUUAGUCAGUUUUGUAUCAUAGACCGGACGCGCGGGAUGGCGACUUUGCAGUGCUAUGUUGUCGUUAUUGUGCUCCUCGGAGUGGUGGCUUUCAGUGGGUUGAUUCGAUGA